CCAUGCUGUGAAACUGACAUUCUGAACGAUGCUGUCUCGACCUCUCAAUCAUUCUCAACGCAUGGCAUCCAUUUCAAUCCACCGGUACUCUUCAUUCCUUAACCACUACCACCCAACAUAUCAAAUACGCACCGAAACCUAGGGGAAAUCCCACUGCGAUGACAGUCACACUCGGCUCUCGCCCUCUUGAACAGCGACAUGCUGACCUUGCAGCGUACAAGAACACGAACCUUCAGGAGGCGUCUGCUUUUUCGGCGGAGCGCUCAGCUUAUGAGGAAGGCGUCGCGGAGGGCUUGAACCCGGUGUUGGAGACUUCGGAACGAGCUAUUGAAGAACUCGACCUUGUCCGUUUGAACGAACACGGUAUCAAAUCUGCUGCAAUAUACAUUCAUUACCAAAUGCAGCGAGGAUCGUACCUCCCGCGCACAUGGCGCACCCAUCCGCUGCACUUAUGUCCGGCCGAUCCGUUCUCUUGGGACGAUCCCUCUACACUUGCCUGCUUGAACUGGAUCUUCUUCAUCUCGUCACUCAACUUCAGCUUCUGGUCAGAACUCGAGGGCCAGCCCGGUCGCUAUGGGGUCGAGUGGCGGGAGGGGUGGGGGGAGGAGAGGACGGUGGUGCAUACGGGAUACUGGUCGCUUGUCGCUGCCGUAGAUCGAGCGCUCGAAGAGGGCAUCCCGAUCACCGACCCCGCAUUCUACGCAUCCGAGGGUUGCUGCACGGACUCAUUGAUCGAGCACGUCUUCCGGCCAGCUAGCCAGUCGGCAGAGACUAUCCCCCUUCUGCGCGAGCGCAUCGCGAUCUUACGUGAAGUUGGGACUAUUCUUUGUCAGGAGUUUGGAGGGUCGUUCUAUGGUUUUGUGCAAGCGUUCCGACGGCGAUACAGCGAUCGUGGCACCGCGCUCCAGCUGGUCAAGAUGGUCGCGGACACGUUCCCGCCCUUCCGUGACGAACACGUGCUAAACGGCCGACGACGAGUGUACAUGUGGAAGCGCGCGCAGAUCCUCGUCGCAGAGACCUGGGCAGCGUUCUACCCGGAAGACGCCUCCACGCCGCACCCGCUCUUCCCCGCGGGGCCCGCGAUCCACGAGCUGACGAUGUUUGCGGACUACCGCGUGCCGCAGAUCCUGCAUCACCUCCGCAUGCUGAUCUACCCGCCUUCCUUGGUCAAGCUGCUGAACUCACGCACGCCGCUCGCGUCGGGAAGUCCGGAGGAGCUGAGCAUCCGCGCGGCGAGCGUUGUCGCCGUCGAUCGUGUCCGGCAAGAGAUAUUGCGCAUCAUCUCGGACGAGGAGAGCGGGGAAGGGCAGAGCGGGCGGGCUGGAGAGGACGCGGUGAGCAGCGUGAUGAUCGACUUUUACUUGUGGGACCUCGCGAAGCGCGUUGAGGGCCGGCCGGAGGGCGUCGAGGGCAUUGAGACGGACGCGAUGCUGCCAAUCCACCGGACUCGGUCGAUUUGGUAUUGACUGCUGUCUACAAGUCGUGUACAGAUGUGCCGCUGGUGAUUGCAGUGCUCAGCAGGCGUAUAACCUCCGUCUGCUCAAGACUCCGACACCUUCCUUACUCAGUACACUAUUCAAUACUCUCGUCUCCAGCAUUACAACCUGUAUACAAGGCAGUCGCAGUGAUCCGGAAUGAAGUUAUGUGGCUCAUGUCUGCCCCAUCAAUUGUCAAC